UGGGCCAGAAUGAACCUCUCAGUUAGACAGCUAGACUAUUGGCAACCUUAACACAACCCAGGUGGAUCCAAUAACAGCUUGAUUGCUUGUCGCAGCACCUGCUUGAUGCUUAAAUAGCAGCUCUUCACAUCAGCAGUCAUGUCCAACAGGAUGAUACACACAGGAAAGAGAAAAUGCGCUGGUGGUUACCUGGCUGCAGCUGUUAUUCUGACGUGUUAUUUUGCGCAAACUAUAGACUGUUAUCGUCUGAAGAAAACAGAAAGAAGAGAAGGGCGAAAAUAUGCAGAUACAACAAAUGGGUUCCAAGAGGGGACAAUUGUUUUCGGGAGAGAAUUUGAAAAAGGAUCAGGACUUGAUUCUCAAGUCACAGACGGGACCAAGAAGUCAUCCUCAAACGCUUAUGAGGAGGAUGAAGGUGCUUAUCAAGGAGACUUUGCAGGCUGGAUGAGCCCAACACAAGUCGCCAGUCCAAAAGACUCGUCAUGGAUGAGCAUGUCUCCCUCACUGCAGUGUGGUUUGGGCCGGAUGAAGUUCAGAGUGGUGGAACCAGGAGCAUCACAAUUUGCGGUAGAACAAGGAAAUGCACCUCCAAUGCCUCUGUCCCAGGUCCCGUCUACCUGUGGCUACAGCAUGCAGAGGAACUCCCAUGCACUUGAAAUGUUGGUUCCCUAUGAUGGCUGCAACAUGGUUCAAGAGGGUGGAAGUUAUGUACUCCCGAUGCGUUGGCAAGGAAUUCCAGUCUCUCUCUGGUGUUCCAAACCUGCCUCCCCUCCUGCCUCACCUCCUGCUGCACCUCCUGCUUCCAAAACGAUUUCCCCCCAUUCCCCUGUAGCUCAGAUGCCUCAAUACCCUCAGAUGCCUCAAUACCCUCAGAUGCCUCAAAACCCUUGGAUGCCUCAAUACCCUAAGAUGCCAGAAGCAACGACCACACGGCCUACAACUGCAAAGGCGACUCAAAUUCCUAAAAUUCCUGCACUGCCUCUGAUGCCUCAAAACCCUUGGAUGCCUCAAAACCCUCAGAUGCCUUGGAUGCCUCAAAACCCUCAGAUGCCUUGGAUGCCUCAAAACCCUCAGAUGCCUUGGAUGCCUCAAAACCCUCAGAUGCCUUGGAUGCCUCAAAACCCUCAGAUGCCUUGGAUGCCUCAAAACCCUCCGAUGCCUCAAAACCCUAAGAUGCCAGAGGCAACGACCACACGCCCUACAACUGCAAAGGCGACUCAAAUUCCUUCACUGCCUCUGAAGCCUCAAACCCCUUGGAUGCCUCAAUACCCUCCGAUGCCUCAAAACCCACUGAUGCCUCAAAACCCACUGAUGCCUCAAAACCCACUGAUGCCUCAAAACCCACUGAUGCCUCAAAACCCUUGGAUGCCUCAAACCCCACUGAUGCCUCAAAACCCACUGAUGCCUCAAAACCCACUGAUGCCUCAAAACCCGCUGAUGCCUCAAAACCCACUGAUGCCUCAAAACCCACUGAUGCCUCAAAACCCUCUGAUGCCUCAAUACCCUCUGAUGCCUUGGAUGCCUCAAUACCCUCCGAUGCCUCAAUACCCUCCGAUGCCUCAAACCCCUAAGAUGCCAGAGGCAACGACCACACGGCCUACAACUGCAAAGGCGACUCAAAUUCCUAAAAUUCCUGCACUGCCUCUGAUGCCUCAAAACCCUCAGAUGCCUUGGAUGCCUCAAAACCCUCAGAUGCCUUGGAUGCCUCAAAACCCUCAGAUGCCUUGGAUGCCUCAAAACCCUCCGAUGCCUCAAAACCCUAAGAUGCCAGAGGCAACGACCACAUGCCCUACAACUGCAAAGGCGACUCAAAUUCCUUCACUGCCUCUGAAGCCUCAAAACCCUCUGAUGCCUCAAAACCCUCUGAUGCCUCAAACCCCUUGGAUGCCUCAAUACCCUCCGAUGCCUUGGAUGCCUCAAUACCCUCCGAUGCCUCAAAACCCUAAGAUGCCAGAGGCAACGACCACACGCCCUACAACUGCAAAGGCGACUCAAAUUCCUUCACUGCCUCUGAAGCCUCAAAACCCUCUGAUGCCUCAAAACCCUCUGAUGCCUCAAACCCCUUGGAUGCCUCAAUACCCUCCGAUGCCUUGGAUGCCUCAAUACCCUCCGAUGCCUCAAAACCCUAAGAUGCCAGAGGCAACGACCACACGCCCUACAACUGCAAAGGCGACUCAAAUUCCUUCACUGCCUCUGAAGCCUCAAAACCCUCUGAUGCCUCAAAACCCUCUGAUGCCUCAAACCCCUUGGAUGCCUCAAUACCCUCCGAUGCCUUGGAUGCCUCAAUACCCUCCGAUGCCUCAAAACCCUAAGAUGCCAGAGGUAACGACCAUACGGCCUACAACUGCAAAGGCGACUCAAAUUUCUUCACUGCCUCGGAUGCCUCAAAACCCUCGGAUGCCUCAAAACCCUCAGAUGCCUCAAUACGCUCAGAUGCCGUUUCCACGAUAUAUGCCGAUGUAUCCUCCCUUUCAUCCUCUUUAUCCAGCUACAAAGCCAAAACCUACUGCGACAACACCAACUACAACUAAACCAAAGGCGAAAAAUCCCUCAUCGCAGCUUCCACCAUCUAUGCCUUACUAUCAUCUUUACCCUAUGAUCCCUCCCUAUCCCCAAUAUCCAACCACUCCUACAACUGUGAAACCAGAUCACCCGCCCAUUCUGGCACCCCAUUCUCCUUUUCAUCCCCAUGUUCACUUGUCCAUACCAUUGCUGCCUCCUUUUCCUCCUCCACGCUACCUUACUUAAACAGUUCUAAUAAAAGUUUUGA